UCCUCUUCCUGCUCAUCCCUGGGAGGCAGGUGAUGUGCAUAGUGGCUUUUGUGCUCUUCCAAGGGUGGAAGCAGCAGUUGGAAGACAAAGAGGAUGCCAAUAAGAGCAUUCUGGGCAACUGAAGAGUAACAAGCAAGGUUAAGAAAUCAAGCCAGAAAUCAAGUUGUUUUACAUUUCCUUCAGAAAACCACACAAUUCUUCUCCUUCCCCAGAAGCCGGGGAACAAAGGAUAGAAAAUAAAAAAAGAAGAUUUUUCAAGCUGGAAUUAGUAAUUUAUAUAGAACACAAGAAUACAUUGUAUGAAAAGAUCAGAGGAGAUUAUUUUUCCAUUCAGAAAAAGAAGGAAAUAAUCUGGAAGUCAGUGUAGAGUAAAAGAUCACAUUGGACAGUCACGUAGGGCAGACAUAAUGCAGGCUUCACACUGUGAGGAAGAAAAUGCUUUGAAUCAAAGUUCCACCCAACAAGGACCACACAUAUUUUUGACCUCUUCAAUAUCGGUGGUGGAACAGCUUCAUAGAUCUACCUAUUGUGAGAAAGAUUGCAAGUCACAGCUGAUUAUGGACAACCGGAUCCACAUUGGAGAAAAGCCAUAUAAAUAUUCUGAAUGUGGCAAAAACUUUAGUCAAAACUGCUCCCUUGUGGUUGAUGGAAGGACCCACACAGAACAGGCGCCGUACAUGUUUUCCCAAUGUGAUGAAAGCUUUGGCAUGCACAGCAACUUGGUAAUACAUCAGAGGACUCACAACAGGGAGAAAUCAUAUGACUGUCCUGAUUGUGGGAAGAGUUUCAUUGGAAACUCUCACCUCAUGAGACACCUGAGGACUCACACAGGAGAGAAACCCUUUGAGUGUCCUGCUUGUGGGAAAAGUUUCAGUCAGAAUUCCACCCUGGUGAAACACCAGAGGACUCACACAGGGGAGAAGCUCUUUGAAUGUUCUGACUGUGGGAAAAGUUUUAGUCAGAAUUUCAACCUGAUGAUACAUCAGAGGACUCAUACAGGAGAGAAACCUUUUGAAUGUCCUGACUGUGGAAAAACUUUCAGUCAGAAUUCCAACCUGGUGAUACAUCAGAGAACUCACACAGGGGAGAAAUUGUAUGACUGCGCUGAUUGUGGGAAAAGUUUCAUUACAAAUUCCCACCUGGUGAUACAUCAGAGGACUCACACAGGAGAGAAACCCUUUGAAUGUCCUAUUUGUGGGAAGAGUUUCAGUCAGAAUUACAGCCUGGUGAUACACCAGAGGACCCACACAGGAGAGAAACCUUUUGAAUGUCCUGAUUGUGGGAAGAGUUUUAGUCAGAAUUCACACUUGGUAAUACACCAGAGGAUUCACACAGGAGAGAAACCAUAUGAGUGUCCAGAGUGUGGGAAAAGUUUUAGUCGGAAUUCCAGCCUGGUGGUACACCAGAGGAUACAUACAGGAGAGAAACCGUAUGAGUGUCCAGAGUGUGGCAAAGAUUUCAGUAGUAGGUCUAGUCUUCUAAGUCAUGUAGGCUUACACACAGGGGAGAAACCUUUCAAAUGUCCAGUCUGUGGACGGUACUUCAUUCAGAAUUGCAACCUGGUGAAACACAAGAGGACUCACUCAGGAGAGAAACCCUUUGAAUGUACUGAUUGUGGGAAAUGUUUCAGUCAGAAUUCCCACCUGGUAAGACACCAGAGGACUCACACAGGAGAGAAACCCUUUGAAUGUCCCGAUUGUGGGAAAAGUUUCAUUAAAAAUGUCCACCUCGUGAGACACCAGAGGACUCACAAAGGAGAGAAACCCUUUGAAUGUCUUGUUUGUGGGAAAUCUUUUAGUCAGAAUUGCAACCUGGUGAAACACCAGAGGACUCACUCAGGAGAGAAACCCUUUGAAUGUAUUGAUUGUGGGAAACGUUUUGGUGUGAAUUCUAGCCUGGUGAUGCACCAGAGGACUCACUCAGGAGAGAAGCCAUUUGAAUGUCCUGUUUGUGGGAAAAGUUUCAGUCAUUACUGCAGCCUGCUGAUGCACCAGAGGACUCACACGGGAGAGAAACCCUUUGAAUGUCUUGUUUGUGGGAAAUGUUUUAGUCAAAAUUGCAACCUGGUGAAACACCAGAGGACUCACACAGGAGAGAAACCCUUUGAAUGUCCCGAUUGUGGGAAAUGUUUCAUUAAAAAUGUCCACCUCGCGAGACACCAGAUGACUCACACAGGAGAGAAACUUUUCAAAUGUCCUAUUUGUGGGAAAAGUUUCAGUCAUUACUGUAGCUUGGUGAUACACCAGAGGACUCACACAGGAGAGAAACCCUUUGAAUGUCUUGUUUGUGGGAAAUGUUUUAGUCAGAAUUGCAACCUGGUAAGACACCAGAGGACUCACACAGGAGAGAAACCCUUUGAAUGUCCCGAUUGUGGGAAAAGUUUCAUUAAAAAAGUCCACCUCGCGAGACACCAGAGGACUCACACAGGAGAGAAACCCUUUGAAUGUCUUGUUUGUGGGAAAUGUUUUAGUCAGAAUUGCAACCUGGUGAAACACCAGAGGACUCACACAGGAGAGAAGCCCUUUGAAUGUCCUGAUUGUGGUAAACAUUUCAGUCGGAAUUCAAGCCUGGUGACACACAAAAUGACUCACACAGGAGAGAAACCCUUUGAAUGUUCUGAUUGUGGCAAACGUUUUAGUUGGAAUUCCCAUUUGGUUAAACAUCAGAGGACUCACACAGGAGAGAAACCCUUUGAGUGCCCUAAUUGUGGGAAAAGUUUCAGUGAGAAUUCUAACCUAGUAAACCAUCAGAGGGCUCACACAGGAGAGAAACCCUUUGAAUGUCUUCAUUGUGGCAGAAGUUUCAGUCAGAAUUCCAACCUGGUGAAACACCAGAGGACUCACACAGGAGAGAAACCCUUUGAAUGUCUUGAUUGUGGAAAAUGUUUCAGUCAGAAUUCAAGCCUUGUGAUUCAUCAGAGGACUCACACAGGAGAGAAACCCUUUGAAUGUUCUGAUUGUGGCAAACAUUUCAGUUUGAAUUCCCAUUUGGUUAAACACCAGAGAACACACACAGGAGAGAAACCCUUUGAAUGUCCUGAUUGUGGGAAAUGUUUCAGUCAAAGGUCCAGCUUGGUAGUACACCAGAGGAUUCACACAGGGGUGAAACCCUUUGAAUGUCCUGAUUGUGGAAAAAGUUUCAGUCAGAAUUCUGAGCUGGUGAACCAUCAGAGGACUCACACAAGAGAAAAACCCUUUGAAUGUCCUGAUUGUGGGAAAAGUUUCAGUCAUAAUUCUAACUUGAUAAGCCAUCAGAGGACCCACACAGGAGAGAAACCUUUUGAAUGUCUUCAUUGUUACAGAAGAUUCAGUGAGUAUUCCAACCUGGCAACACACCAAAGGACUCACACAGGAGAGAAACCCUUUAAAUGUCCUCAUUGUUUGAAAAAUUUCAGUCAGAAAUCAAGCCUGGUGAUUCAUCAGAGGAUUCACACAGGAGAGAAACCCUUUGAAUGUUCUGAUUGUGGCAAAUGUUUCAGUUUGAAUUCCAGUUUGGUUAAACACCAGAGGACUCACACAGGAGAGAAACCCUUUGAAUAUCCUGAUUGUAGGGAAAGUCAGAAUUAUGAGCUGGUUAACCAUCAGAAGGCUCACACAGGAGAAAAACCCUUUCAAUGUCCUGAUUGUGGGAAAGGGUUCAGUCAGAAUUCUACCCUNAGGGUUCAUGAAAGGACCCACAGAGGAGAGAAGCCCUAUAACUGUUCUCUAUGCAGUAAAUACAGUACAAUACAAUAGCAGAGUUGGAAUAGACCUUGGAGGUCCUCUAGUC